UACUGGCUCCUCUUAAAGAAUCUAAUGAUCAUCACUUUUGGCACUUCAAUGGCUGUAUAUAAUACGACAGAAAGCAAAGUGAGAAACUUUGGGUAGAAAUUUUUGUUGCGUUAAUGGAGAAGGGAGUUCAAAGAUGGUUAGUGGACAUAUCGAAGUGGAACCCAUCUUCCAUCGAUUUCUCAUUUGCUCUUUCUCAUCUUCCUCAAACCCAUCAUUCUUCCAUCACCAGAUUUGUGAAGAUGGAGGAUAGAAAGAGGGCUCUUGUUAGCUUGUUGCUUCAAUACACUGUUGUACAUGAGGUGCUGGGAAUCCCGUUUGCCGAUAUCGCUAUAAACCGCACAUUGGAAGGCAAACCCUUUUUGGAAUGUGAUGGAUUUUGCUUGGACUUUCCCAAUUUUAAUUUCAAUGUUUCUCAUCAUGGUGACUAUGUGGCAAUAGCAUCUGAACCUCUAUGCCUUGUGGGGUUGGACAUCGUUAAUUUUAUGGUUCCCGGCAAAGAGACCGCGGAAUACAUUCAGAGUUUCUCAUCAUGCUUCUCAAGUUUGGAAUGGGAUCGGAUAACAACUGCCGGUAGUGAUGAGGAGGUUUUGACCGAUUUUUACAGAUACUGGUGUUUGAAAGAAGCGUAUGUCAAAGCAAUCGGGAGCGGUAUAGCAUAUGGGUUGAAUAAAGUGGAGUUUCAUCACACGAACUGGACAAACCUAUCUGUUAAAGUCAAUGGCAUUAUAAAUCCACAGUGGAAAUUUUGGCUUUUCGAUCUGGGCAAAGGACACUUGGCAUCGAUCGCAAGAGGGCACCCGGGAUCGGCCAUCGAGAGUUAUAAGAGAUCAUUAAAACGAACAAAGUUUGAUGAAGAAGAGUACAAUGUGAGUCUUCAUCUUCCCAAUCCAAGGUUUGUCUUGAAAACUGUAGAAGAGCUCAUUUCAGUCAUACACAAAAGUGUGCUCGUUGAUGGGAAACACAAGGUAUAAUAAAACGUCCCUAAAGAGGACAUUGAAGUUGUUCAAACUCGAGACUCGAACUUGUUGACCCCGACUUCGAACCUUGAGAGCCAAAGGGUCGAACAUAUGUUACUUGGACUCGAGUGUGAUUGUUAUAUGUCUAGCAUAGGCAUGUUUAAUUAUUUGACGAUAAAUAUUCAUAUACUCUUGUACAC